AUGCCUGUGGUGGUGCAGAAUUUAAAACUGGUGAAGGAUGUUGCUGUAUGUGCUCCUGAAUAUAGGAUAGGUGAAGAAUGCUGCCCUGUGUGCGCUUCUGGGAGCAGGGUCUACAAACACUGUACAGAAUUCACCACGACUUAUUGUGCACCGUGUACUGGUGAAACUUUCAUAGAUCAACCCAAUGGUCUCACUGAGUGCUUUCGCUGUGCAGUCUGUAACCCAGAUCUUGGUUUAAAAAUAGAUAAAGCUUGCACUCCCACCUCAAACACAGUGUGUGGCCCUCUGGAUCAGCACUUCUGCAUUGAAUGGGACAGGAAGGGGAGCUGCAGCAAAGCAGAAAGACACACAGUUUGCAAGCCUGGACAAUUCAUCAAACAGAACGGAACAGCAUCUAGUGAUACCAUAUGUGGAGAUUGUCCCGAUAAAACCUUUUCAGAUGGCCUGUCUACAUACUGCAAACCACACAGAGAUUGCAGCUCCGAGGGACUUCCUGAAUUGAAACCUGGCAGCCAUUCCUCUGAUUCUGAAUGUGGAGAGAAAUCUAUGACUGGUCUCAUAGUUGGGAUUGUUGUGCCAACUCUGUUAGUUGUAGCAGGAGCAAUAGUCUUUAUUCUCAGAAAAAGGAGAAGGUAUGUAGGGAGGAUACUUGCUCCCUCUGCAGUAGGCCAGGAGUCUAACGUGUUAGAGCAGGGAUGACAGAUUUCCAUCAGGUGUGUCUCCUGCUGCGAAGAAAUUUAACAGGGCUAGAAAAAAUGUACUCUGCAGCCAUCAAUCCCCAACCCACCACCCAUGCUGGCCAAAAAUGGGCUCCCCGUCUGGCAAUCUGAAUCAGAGGACCCUUGAGAGCCUGUCAAACAACUAAUGUCUCAUCUUCCUCUUGGCCAGAUGGGGGCCCCUGGGAAGUCAUCUAUAAGACUCUUGCUGGCCUUUAUCACUAUAAAGUUUUACCAUUCAGAUUACAUGGGGCGCUGGCCACCUUCCAAAAGAUGGAUUAACUGCUGGAAAGCCCAUAUUGGAAAUACACCUCUGCCUCUGU